CACUGUUUUACUUUCCCGCGGAUUUUCAGUCUAAUUCCUAUCCGGCAGUUAUGCCAGUUAUGCGCGUCCAACUUAUUGUAUUUGUGAAAGUAGUUCCUUAAAUUAUAAAACUUGUACAAUUGUACAUAACAUUUCAAUCUCGAAAUUUAUACGUAUUAAAUAUAUGAUCGAUUAAUGUUCGCAUCAUAGUUGUUUGACUGAUAAAUUAUUGUUUAGGUUAUAGUAACGUGCCAUUGACAGAUUUGUUGUAGAUCUUGUCAGUCGUUGUUAUGUUGUAAGAAAAAGUUUACAAUUGAAAGCAUUUAGACCUAAUAAGAUGAAAAUGACGGAUUCCAACGAAAAAGAUGAUUGUAUGAUUGAAGCGGUUACUCCGAUCAGAACAAAGAAAAUGAAACAAGCGCAAUUACCAUUUCAAAUACGGAGUCCAACUCAAUCACCAAAUGUUAUGAAAACUAAGAAGAGGAAGCUGUCAUCACCUUCAGUGGGAUGUAAAAGUCCAAAGGCAGUUAAAGUUUCCAAGCCAGCUUCCAAUAAAGAUGAUGCUAAAGUUGAAACAUUAAGGAUGGAUAGUAAUGAUAUAGAAAUUGUAGAAAGUAUAGAAAUUGAGAGUGUGAAGGAAAAUACAUCUAAUAAAGUGAAUGCUGUACAAAAAUCUACAACUCCAAAACAAUUGUCAACCAAGCAGAAGAAAAUAGAAAAACAGGAUAAAUCAAAAUCUAACUGUUUAACAAAGUUUUUAAAAAAGACUGAUACAAAAGAAGAUGAUGCUAAUGAUGAUCAGGAAAAUCCUUUGCUAGAGGAAAAAGAUGAAUCUGUUAAUGAAAGCUUUGAUACAGAAACUGAUGCAAAUGUAUCACAGAAAGCAGAAGAACUAGUUGGGGCAGUUAAUGACUCUUGCGAUGUUAAUUCUGAUGUUGUAAAUUUAUCGUCGGAUAGUAAUGACAGAGGGGGUGACCACUUAAAGUCAAAUACAGAACAAAGUAUGAAUUCUGACAGUUCAAAAACUCCUAAAAUUGAUAAGAUAAAGAAGACGAAAUUAACACCUACGCAACAGGAAAAGAAAUUAUUAAGUAUUAAGAAAAAGGAAGAGAUGCAGAAACGGAGAAGGGAAAGAGAAAUAAAAUUAGAGGAAGAUCGCAAUAAUCGGCGAAAAGAAAAGGAAAUGAAGCGUAAAAAAAGGGAGGACAAGAUAAAAGCAGAAAAAGAACAAAAAUUGUUUGAAAGGAAAAUGAGGAAACAGAAAAAGGAACAAGAAAUUGAGCAAAAGCUGAAAGAGAAACAGGCUCGAGAGGAGGAUCGCAAAAAAAAGGAAGAGGAGAAAAGGAAGAAAGAGGAGGAAAAACUAGAAGCUGAGCGUAAAAAACAAAAAGCAGCAUCAAAUUUCACCAGUUUUUUCGUCACCAAGAAGCUAGAAAAAUCUUUCCAAGAAGAAAGCACUCUGGAAGUGAAAAAUUUCAUGCCCUUUGAAGUAAAAGCGGACAUGAAAAUGGCUCCGAUCUCUAGAAGAACUUUAAACAAGAAAGAGAAAUUACUAUUGGAUGAAAAGUGUAAUGAAGGAAAUAUGCAAAUAUCAGAUUUGUAUCUUAGCGAGAUCAAAGAUAAAAAGAUCAUUCCACGCAAAUCAACAAAGACUUGGCCGCUUGAAGCAAAAGAGGACGCUGUAACUAUAUUAGACGAUGAAAACGACGGCACGUCGAACAUCGUGAAUCAGAAUAUCGUCUUCGAAAAACAUCGAGCAAAAUUGCUUCAAUUCUCUGAAAAUCAACGGCCACCGUAUUGGGGUACAUGGAGAAAGCGGAGUCGCAAUAUUAAGUCUCGAAAACCAUUCUCAAGGGAUACGAAAUGGUUCAAUUACGAAGUCGAUUCAGACGAAGAGUGGGAAGAGGAAGAGCCAGGCGAGUCUCUGCAUGGUUCAGAGGAAGAAAAAGAUGAAGAGAAUCCAGAAGACAACGAGUACGACGUUGACAAUGAAUUUAUGGUCCCUCACGGAUAUUUGUCGAACGAAGAGGUCAGAGCCGAUGAAGAAGACGAGGAAGAUAUGAAUCCUCAAACACAGAAGUUCAAGUUGAAAGUUCUGGGCCAACAGUUCGAAUCCGAAAGGAGUAGAAAGACAUCAAAAUUGAAACCGAAAAUAAUUGGUUGCAUUUGGAGAGGACCUAACAAUGAAUUUCCACCAAAUGUGCCUGAAAGAACCAGAGAAUUCUUGACAGCCCACGAAGCCUGGGUACGUCAGAUACCGGUCGCGCUACCAGUCAUAAUUGAAAACGAAACAAUGAACCCCACCGAGUGUGGUACACCCUCGCAGCAGUCGGCACUAUCGAGUUCGAAGAAGAGUCAAGUUCCUGAAGCAGUGCUACCCGACUUGAUCCGGCUGCUUCACGGAAACGUGCACGGUAAAAAAUUCCUUGUAAAAGAGUUUCUCGCUUACUUAAACAAAGAGGGCGAAAGCGAGUAUCAAAUGUCGAAAGCUAGACUCAUGAAAAAGAUUUGCGAAAUUGGUAAAUGGAUGAUGUGCUCUGAGGAGGGACCUAUGCAUCUGAAGGCUUGUUGGUACGUUUCUGAAGAAGUUAGGAAGGAGUAUAUGAAGGAGGACCUCCCUUUACCGAACCAGUGGUCGUACACCCUGACUCCGAAGCGGAGGUCAAUUUUCAACGAGGCCACAGAGAAACUGGAGAAAGAAGACAAGGAUAAAGAGAAGAAGAACGUGUCUCUGAUCACUCAGUUUACAAAAAAGAUCAGUCAAGAAGAGAUGAAGAAACACUUAAACGCUAGUCCGAUUGAAACUACUGCACAGAACAGUACGGCUUCUUCUUCACUUUCGGUUAAACCUGUUGGAGGGAAAGCUCCAAAGAGAGCGACCUUCAUCACCCUCAGCAAAGAGGGUGAGCCGGUUUCCAAUGUGUCAAAGGAGAGUUUAUCGAGAACCGUCAACACCGAAACAAAGAAAAGAAAGUCUGAUGAAGUAAUAAUUUUAGAUUCUUCGGAAGACGAUAAUGUUAAGGUCGAAAAGAAAAAGAAGAAAUAGAAGCCUGUGAUAACACUAAGGUUGCUAGUAUCUUUAUGAAAUGAGUGCAUACAGAUGAAAAAGUUGCAGAAGUUGAAAAAGAAACUGUACAUACUCCAAU